CCACGUCGGCGUCAACCACAAACGGCCGCCAUAAGUAGGGCGACUCGCCUCCUCUCCCGUUCUCUCGACCCUCUGCCUCGUGCGCCCCGUCGCCUCGCUCCUCCGCCAGCUCAUGGUUCGCCUUAGGGUUCAUUCCAUGGCUCUGCUUCUGCUCAAGGGCCUGUUUAUGGCAUCUGUUGUGGCAGCAGAGCUUCUCCAUUCAAGAUUGCUUGCACAGUCAAAUGCAUCAACUACAUCCACGCAAAAGCAUGCAAAGGAAUACUGUUCCAUGUAUGGUAUUUGUGCUUAUCGAAGUGACGGGGUGCCGCUGAACUGUCCAAAUUCUACUUCUGCAGUGAAGCCAGAUGCCUUAUUGUCGUCAAAAAUCCAGAGCUUAUGCCCAACAAUCAGUGGCAAUGUGUGUUGCACAUCAAGCCAGUUUGACACUCUACGUGGACAAGUCCAACGAGCCAUUCCUUUCCUUGUCGGUUGCCCAGCAUGUUUGAGAAAUUUCUUGAACAUUUUCUGCGAGCUUGCAUGCUCCCCUAAUCAAAGCCUUUUUAUCAAUGUGACUUCCGUAGUGAAGGUCAAUAACACUCUUACCGUUGAUGGGAUUGAUUACUUUGUUACUGAAAGAUUUGGUCAAGAGCUUUUGAACUCGUGCAAGGAGGUUAAGUUUGGGACUAUGAAUACCCGAGCAAUUGAUUUCAUAGGAGGUGGUGCUCAAACAUAUCAGGAAUGGUUCACUUUCCUAGGCCGACGAGCAGAACCAGGCUCUCUUGGUUCACCAUAUUCUAUGAGGUUUCAGUCAAUGUCUUCUCCAGCAUCAGGAAUGGAACCUAUGAAUGUGUCUGUUUAUUCAUGUGGUGACACAUCAUUGGGCUGUUCCUGUGGUGAUUGCCCUUCUUCUCCUGUGUGCUCUCAAUUAGAACCUCCUGCACCUCAUGAGAAAGGUUCCUGCUCUGUGAAAAUUGGUACUUUAAAGGUAAAAUGCAUCGAGUUAUCACUAGCUAUAAUUUAUGUUAUUUUGGUGUUAUCAUUCUUUGUGUGGGGAUAUUGUCAAAGAAUACGGAGAAGAAGGAUUGCUUCUGCCCAAGUGAAAUUGUUGAAGGUUGAUGACGAUAGUGUGCAUCAUUCAAGAAGCAAACAUGAAGAGGCUAGGCACCCAAUCCAGGCUGUUGAAGAGAAUCCACAUUUUUUGAGGAAGUUAAGGCUUCCCCUAGUCCAACGAUAUAUCUCAUGCUUUUAUAGGCAAUAUGGUUAUUUCGUUGCUAGGCAUCCUAUUCGUGUAUUAUCCUUAUCCAUACUUGUUACGCUUCUACUGUGUUUGGGACUAAUCCGCUUCAAGGUGGAAACACGCCCCGAAAAGUUAUGGGUAAGCCCUGGAAGUAAGGCAGCAGAGGAAAAACGAUAUUUUGACAGCCAUCUUGCACCUUUCUAUAGAAUUGAGCAGCUUAUAAUUGCAACAACUCCUUCGUCUUCAGGAAUAAUACAGAGUAUCGUUACAGACAAGAAUAUACAGCUGCUUUUUGAAAUUCAAAAGAAGGUUGACAGCCUUCAGGUGAAUUAUUCUGGCACAACAGUAUCCUUGACAGACAUUUGCUUGAAGCCCUUAGGCAAGAAUUGUGCCACUCAGAGUGUGCUGCAGUAUUUUCAAAUGGAUCCUCAAAAAUAUCGUGACUCUGGUGUGGACCAUGCUUUUUACUGUUUUCAGCAUUAUACUUCUGCCCAAACAUGCUUAAGUGCAUUCCAAGGUCCUGUUGAUCCAAGCACCAUAUUAGGAGGGUUCAGAGAAAAUAAUUACUCAGAGGCAACUACAUUUGUGGUGACAUAUCCUGUUCGUAAUGCUGCUGAUACAACUGGAACUGAAAAUGAUAAAGCAGUAUUAUGGGAAAAAGCUUUCAUAAAUCUAGUGAAGGAGGAGCUCGUGACAUUGGUCAGUUCACAUAAUCUCUCCCUUUCCUUUUCAUCAGAAAGUUCUGUUCAAGAGGAACUCAAGAGAGAAAGUGCUGCAGAUGCAAUUACAAUACUAAUUAGCUACCUUGUGAUGUUUGCGUAUAUAUCAGUUACAUUGGGAGAUGCACCUCAACUCUCAUCCUGUAUAGUUUCCUCCAAGGUGCUUCUUGGUCUUUCUGGUGUUGUUGUGGUUAUGUUGUCUGUACUUGGAUCUAUUGGAUUUUUCAGUGCCCUAGGGGUGAAGUCAACACUUAUUAUCAUGGAGGUUAUCCCAUUCCUUGUUUUAGCUGUUGGAGUAGAUAAUAUGUGUAUUUUAGUACAUGCUGUUAAACGCCAAAGAAAGGAGUUGCCUAUGGAAGAACGUCUUAGCAAUGCCCUUGUAGAAGUUGGGCCAUCAAUAACAUUAGCCAGCCUGUCAGAAGUACUAGCUUUUGCUGUUGGAAGCAUCAUUUCUAUGCCAGCAUGUCGUGUGUUCUCAAUGUUCGCAGCCUUGGCUGUCCUGCUAGAUUUCAUUUUGCAGAUUACUGCUUUCACUGCCCUAAUAGUCCUGGACUUUUCAAGAGCGGAGGAUCAUAGAAUUGAUUGCUUUCCUUGCAUAAAACUACAUUCAAAUUCUGGAUCUAAUAAGGAUUCUAAUUUGAGGGAGCCUGGCUUAUUGGAGCGCUACAUGAAUGAAAUUCAUGCACCUUUACUCAACCAUAUGGUGGUCAAAAUAAUAAUUCUCAUUGUGUUCAUUGGUUUCUCCUUUGCUAGCAUUGCCUUAUGUUCAAGAAUACAGCCUGGUCUGGAACAACAGAUAGUCCUACCUCGUGAUUCCUAUCUCCAGGGUUAUUUCAAAGCCGUGGCAGAUUACCUGAAAGUUGGUCCACCAUUAUACUUUGUCGUUAAGAACUAUAACUAUAGCUUGGGAGCUCAGGAUACAAACAAAUUGUGUUCCAUAAGCCAAUGCAAUUCAAAUUCUCUACUUAAUGAGAUAGCUAAAGCAGCAUUAACACCAGAGUCAAGCUAUAUAGCCAAGCCUGCUGCCUCAUGGCUUGAUGAUUUUCUAGUAUGGAUCUCUCCAGAAGCUUUUGGUUGCUGUCGCAAAUUUACAAAUGGAAGCUACUGCCCACCUGAUGAUCAGCCUCCCUGCUGUCCAUCAGGUAGUGGAUCAUGUGGAAUUAGUGAGGCAUGCAAAGAUUGUACUACGUGCUUUCUUAACUCAGAACUAGCUAGAGGGCGUCCAUCUACAGCACAGUUCAAGGAGAGACUCCCUUGGUUUCUUAAUGCUUUACCUUCUAGUGAUUGUGCCAAGGGUGGUCGUGGAGCAUACUCCAAUAGCGUGGAUCUUGAAGGAUAUGAAAAUGGAAUUAUUCACGCUUCGGAGUUCCGUACAUAUCAUACACCCCUUAAUAAACAAGUUGAUUAUGUAAAUUCAAUGCGUGCUGCAAAAAAAUUUGCUUCUGUGGUUUCUGACUCAUUAAAGAUUGAAGUAUUUCCGUAUUCCGUGUUUUACAUAUUCUUUGAACAGUAUCUUAACAUAUGGAAAACGGCAUUGAUCAACAUUUGCAUAGCUCUUGGUACUGUGUUUAUCGUAUGCCUUGUUAUUACCUCCAGCUUGUGGAUCUCAACAAUCAUUUUACUGGUAUUAGCUAUGAUUGUCUUGGAUAUAAUGGGGAUAAUGGCGCUUUUGGGGAUUCAAUUGAAUGCAGUCUCUGUUGUGAACCUGGUGAUGUCUGUGGGUAUUGCAGUUGAAUUUUGUGUUCAUAUAACACAUGCCUUUGUGUUAAGCCAUGGAGAUAAAGCAGAGAGAAUGCGAGAAGCACUUAGAACCAUGGGUGCUUCGGUCUUCAGCGGCAUUACACUUACCAAACUUGUAGGUGUGAUCGUUCUUCGUUUUGCCCGUUCUGAAAUCUUCGUGGUUUAUUAUUUCCAAAUGUACCUCGCUCUUGUCCUUAUUGGAUUCUUACAUGGGCUAGUAUUCUUGCCGGUUGUGUUGAGCAUUUGCGGCCCACCAUCGAGACACAAGGUUGUUGAAUCAAGUCAACCGAGUGCCUCCACUGCUUCUUCUAGCUAGCUUGUGAUUCAACUAGGGAAUCAUGGUCUUAUGGCCUUAUGCCAAGUAAAUAGCAUUACAGGUGAAAUAUUGUUCUGUUUUGGCUUGCGCCAUGUAAUUAAUUUAUCUGCUGUAUAAAUGCCAUGUAUGUAUUACGCUUCUUCCUAAUAAAAACUUCGCCUUCUUUAUUGAGCUUUAA